GGUUUUCCGCAACAUGAACAAGUUCUACAGCGGGAUGGUGCUUCGCUCUGCUGCUGCUGUCGGAGAUGUCGACCCUUUCCAGUUCCAGGUGGUGCUCGUGCGAUGCAUCAAGGGACCUCAUGCGCGAGCGAUUGCUUGUGUUUACUCCUCGGAUACCCGCGCAUGGGGUGAUCUCAUUCAGAUAUCGACGCCGCUUCUACGCACACUUUCUGUUGCCACCUCGGGUGCUUUGGUUGGGCGUUCCCUUUACUGGUCGCUUUAUCGGACUUCGAGCAACACAGUCCUUGAGUUUGAUUUGGAUAGGCAGAACCUAGCUGUGAUUCCAUUACAUAUGGAGGGAUGGAUUAUGUCGGCAGAGGGUGGUGGACUUGGCUUGCUCUCUGUUUCGGGUCAGACUCAGAGAGCACAACUAUGGAAGAGGGAGACUGAUUCUGAUAGUGUAGCGACAUGGUGCCUGACAAAAACCAUUCAUCUGAACAACCUUCUUCCCACGAUUUCAUGGGAUAGACUGGUCAUAGACUUCAUGGACGAAAGUAAUACGCUGAUCAUGGGGACACUUGACGGUAUUGGUAUCUUCACGGUCCACACGGAGUCAAUGCAGUGCAAGCAACUUCCUGUAGAGUUCAAAAUAUUACCCCGCGUGUUUAAACCAUUUGCCAGCGUCUAUACUGCAGAAAUCGGCGUUGGUGCUGAACAUGCUGGAGCUGAACUCUUGCACAAUUGAUAAGAUGAAUGUCCGGUUAGAUAUGCUAUUCCGAUGCAUUGGGUUAUCAGGUAAUAUUGUAAGUUUCUGUAAUUGCUCCUUAGC